UUAUUCGCGGUAACCAAAUUUGAGAAAAUCCAAAAUUUCCCACUCCCAUAAACAAUUCAAAAAUCUUUCACAUUUAUAUUUAUAAUCCUUCUUGGUUUUCUCAUUAUAUUCUACUCUCUCUCUCUCUCUCUCUCUCUCUCUGUGUGAAAAGCUCAAUUCCUCUCUGCAAUUUUUUGAACUCAAAGAAAGAAGAAGAAGAAGAUUAAUGGGAGGUGGGUCUUUGAAAUCGAACCCAGCAAAGGCGAGGAAAAGAGUGGAAGCCACAGAUGAGUCUGGUGCUGGUCCUUGUCUCGUUCGCGGCAAAGAUGGCAGUGCUUUUGCCCGAUGCGAGGAGUGCAAUAAGGAUGUCCCAGUGGCGUUGAUCAACUUUCACAGUUGCAGCCUCGAUGCGAAAAUCAAGAUGAACCUUGAGUCUCAAGUUGUUGAAAAGCCAACAGAGGCCAAGAAGGCUAGUGAGAGAAAUAAAUCCACAUCCAAGGAACCGACAGCAAAGAGAGCCAAAAAUGAGAAGGCAAAGAAGGGCAAGAAUUCAAACAAGCCCAAGCGACCUCCCACUGCAUUUUUCCUCUUCAUGGAUGACUUUAGAAAAGAAUUCAAGGAAGCUAAUCCCGAUUCUAAGGGUGUUAAGACGGUUGCUAAGGAGGGUGGAGCCAAGUGGAAGUCUAUGACAGAUGAGGAGAAGAAGCAAUAUACUGAUAAAGCUGCUGAGCUUAAAGCAGAGUAUGACAAGGCAUUGGAGAGUGACAAUGCUGAAGAUGGAGAUGUUGACGAAGGUACAGAGAAGGAAGAAGCUGAGGAUAAUAAGGAAGUGGAGGAAGUGUCUGAUGAAGAGUAGGAUUUUGGUGGUGUUUGAAUUUUCAUAUUAUGUCUAUUUGAUGGAGAAAAUUGAUUUGAUGCCUUGUAAAUUUUGGAAGUUGGCUUAUUAAUGAAGCUGAAAAUAUAGAUCUUAGGUUAUUUCUUAUAGUAACAUAGUCCUUUAAUUUUGGCUUUUUGGAUCAUUGAAUGCUUGAUAACUACUUAACUACUUGCUUUAAUCUUCAUUUUGGAAUAUUAAAAUGGUUCUAACUUGAUGUUA